AUGGUGAAGGAGACCGGAUACUACGAUGUUCUCGGUGUGAAACCAGACGCAUCGGACAGCGAGUUGAAGAAGGCCUACCGAAAAUUGGCGCUGAAAUUCCAUCCAGACAAGAAUCCAGAUGGUGCCGAGCAAUUCAAGCAAAUCUCACAGGCUUACGAGGUGUUGUCAGACGAGAAGAAGCGUCAAAUCUACGACCAAGGCGGUGAGGAAGCUCUUCAAGGCGGCGGUGGUGGCGGAGAAGGCUUCCACAAUCCAUUCGACGUCUUCGACAUGUUCUUCGGAGGCGGAGGACGUGGUGCACGCGGCGAACGACGAGUCAAACCUACUGUUCACAAUUUGAGAGUCACCCUGGAUGUCAUGUACAAAGGAUGCACGAAGAAGCUCAAAAUCUCUAGAACUGCCAAUUGCAAGCAGUGCGAGGGACGUGGUGGAACCGAAGGAACCGCCAAGAGCUGCUCCGAUUGCCAAGGACGUGGAAUCAAGAUUCGUAUGAUCAGAAUGGGACCAAUGGUCCAACAGAUGCAAUCCCAUUGUGACAGUUGUAACGGAGAAGGAUCCUAUUUUGAUCAUAAGGAUCGUUGUAAGAAGUGCUUCGGAAAGAAACAGUGCAAAGAAGAGGAAAUCAUCGAGGUCGCCAUCGCUCCAGGAUCCCGUGAUGGAGAGAAAUUCGUGUUCGAAGGAAAAGGAGACGAAGUUGCAGGAAUCUCAAAGCCAGGAGACUUUGUAGUGGUUCUAGACGAGGUGGAGCACGAGAGAUUCGUACGAAAAGGAGAUAACCUCAUCAUCCAACACAACAUUGAGCUCUCUGAAGCCCUCUGUGGAUUCGUUCGCACUAUUACCACCCUCGAUGGACGCAGCAUCUUCUAUCGUGUUCUUCCUGGAGAGGUGAUUGCUCAUGGAGACGUUAAAGUGAUUCAUAACGAAGGAAUGCCGAUGCGCAGGGCACCGAGUGAUAGAGGAGAUCUUUUGGUGCAGUUUGAUGUCAAGUUCCCAGAUAAGAUUAAUCCAGAUGCAGCGAAAAAGUUGGCAGAUUUGUUGCCAGGAAAGAGAGAAGAGAUCAUAGACGAGGAUGCCGACGUUGUCGAGCUCACCGAGCUGGAUCCACGAGCAUCGCGCAGACAGUUCGAUCGGGAGGAGUUUGAAGGACACGGAUUCGGAGGACACGGACACGGACCAGGAGGCGGUGUACAGUGUCAACAGCAAUAA